AAAAUCAAUGCAAGAAUCAGAGCAAUCAGAAAAAAAUAUGAUAGGUUCUCUGCUAGACGGUAAUUACAUUUCUUAUCUCAUUAGAGGAUGAGUCAGAAUGUUCAGAAUUCAGAUCUUCCAUCACUAAAUCCCAACAGCAUUCUCAAUCUGUAAACAUUACUCCCUAUUAAACCAUUUUAGCCUGUCAAAAGCUUCAAAGAUGUCAAAGAAAGUCCUCUUGUUCUUGAUGACGCAGGGUAUUAUGGUCAAUAUUAAAAAAAGUUAAUAAGAAUUUCCUUCCAAUGAUCCAAACAACUUUUAUUUUACUGUCUAACCAGCCUUCAUCCAACAAAGGUAACACUCCAUGAGUUACGAAUUCCACCAAUACAUGGUCUCUCAAUCUUCAAUCUAUUACCCUUAUCAAGAUGGAUACUUCUCAUAAAAACGAACCAAGAGAAUGCAAUCGUCCACAGAUUCAGAACAAACCAUUGUAAAUUUUCUAUUCCUAUUGUAGUCACAACAAUGCCAAGAUCAAUAUGCGUCCCUAAUUAUCCAAUAGUCCUUCAUUUAAGGGAACGACUUUUAGAGAGAUAAAAUAUUUAAAGCCUUGAUCGAUGAUUUACCACUCCUCUCUAAACACAAAUUUGGAAAUUAUGUCAUUCAGAAAAUUAUAGAGAACAGUAAUCAGAACCUCAGAACCCUCAUCUUUGAAUAACUUUACCCUAACCUCAUCGAAAUGUGCUAUGACAAAUUCGGAUGUCGAGUCAUCUAAAAAUUACUAGAGUUCAUUUAAAACCAUCAAAGAAUACAAUUAAUCUAAUCAAUCAAAAGCCAAGUGUUGAAUCUCAUCUUCGAUCAAUGUGGAAAUCAUGUAAUCCAAAAAAUCAUAGACUUGGCAUCCGACGCUGAGUUCAUAAUUGACAUCGUCACAAACAACGUUGAUCACAUCGUGUCUCAUCCCUAUGGAUGCAGAAUUGCUUAAAAAUGCCUGGAAAUAUUUCCCAACCAAAAGUUACAACAACUCUACAUAUCCCUUAUACCAUUGUGUGAGAGAUUACAAUUUUGUCAAUACGGAAACUACAUAGUACAGCACAUGAUCACCCAAGGGCCACCUAAAGGAUUUGAAGCAAUUGGGAAAUUCGUCAAAGCCAGAAUUCUGGAAGUCAGUUAAGAUAAAUAUGCCAGGUAUUUAUUUAGAUUGAAUUUCAUUAAGCAACGUGGCUUAGAAAUACAUAACAUUGGCAUCAGAUGAAGAUAUUGCAAACAUCUGCAAAAUCCUGAUGAAUAAUUGUGUACCACCAAUGUUACUAAUUUUAAUCAACAAUUAAUUUGGUAAUUAUGUGAUGCAAAACUUCUAUUCGAAAUGCAAUGACAAACAAAAAGAAUAAAUUCAGAUCUAAAUCAAUAAAUAUGAAGAACAUCAAUUCACUUAAUUUGGUAUUUUUAUUCCAUAACCCUAUCUCUAGGUAGACAUUUCUUAUAAUUUUUGGCUAGAUGUCAAUCUUGUUGA